AUGGCGGCGGACGCGGAGGCGGCGGCGCUGCCCGAGGAAUGGCAGCUCUAUCUCGUCCCCACCCGCGCUGCCACCUUCCGCAACUGGCCCUUCACCGAGGGCUGCGCCUGCACGCCCGAGCGGAUGGCGGCGGCGGGUUUCGUGCACUGCCCCAGCGAGAACGGCCCCGACGUGGCGCAGUGCUUCUUCUGCUUCAAGGAGCUGGAGGGCUGGGAGCCCGACGACGACCCCCUGGAGGAACACAAAAAACACUCUGCGGGCUGUGCUUUUCUUUCCCUUCAAAAGGAUCCUACUAACCUGACACUGCAGGAGUUCCUGAAGCUGGACAAAGAACGAACGAAAAAUGCAAUUAAAAAAGAAAUUUCUCAGAAGGUGACCGAGGUUGAAGAUGCAGCCAAGAGCGUGCGUCGUGAAAUAGAGAAUCUGGUCUCCUAGGCUACUGUAGCUUCUCACUUGCUAGUGACAUCUGUCUUGUAUGUGUGCCCUGGCACUGCCACUUUGAAUGGCUGUGUUUCCUGAGACUGCUUUCAGAAUGGCCGUCUCUGUGAGAAGCAGACCGAAUUCUUCACUCACCUGAGUCUGUCUGGGAAGUACCUGGAGUUUGAUGAACUGCACACAUCAUCUUUUUCUGCAGGGAUUCUCCUAUUCUUGCUGUUGGUUUAAUUAAGGAUUACUACUUGUGGUUUUGUUUCUUCCUUUUUUUUAAACCCAGCUGUUUCCAUUUUGGAGAUGCUCGUAGCUCUGGUGCAAAAACUUGCGUCUCUUGCAAGAGCUGGCAGGCACUUCCAUUUUUAUACUGAAUAUACUAAUGCUCUUGGAUACUUUUGGAAAUAAAAAGGGGAAGUAGUUUUAAAACUCCUUCAGGGAUUUAGGAUCGUGGCUAAUAAUGUCUAAUUAUACCAAAUCUUAGUGUGCCUGGUAUCCUUGUAAACUUCUGUUUGUAGUUGGCUGCUGCCUCAUGUUGGUGCAUUUAUAAAUAAAAGCUGAAGGCAAAACAGCGGAGUAAUUUUACUCAGUUUUCUGGAGGAAAAGAAUCUGACCUUUAAUGCAAUGAGCUGCCCUGAAUGCAGUUUUAACUUCAAAAUGGAAAAUAAGCUAAUGAAAUUACAGCUUGCAGUGCUAUCGCUCAAGUGUCAAACUGUCUUAAGCAGUGUUCAUCAGAUCUCCUUAAAAUGUCCUUGUGCCUUGGAAGGUUUGGUUGGUCCCUCUCCUUGCACAAGUUUGGAAAGGAAAAGAAAUCUUGCAGAACAGAGCGCAGUCAGCAAAGAAUUGUGCUCUGAACUGCUGGCAAGGAAUGGGGGAAUCUUGUACAAAAUAUUUGGCUGUUACAG